AUGAGUAAUUUGAAAAAAUAUGACAAGACAGUAAAUUUUGAAGAUAGAUCACGCAACAGAGAUAAAAGUCCAUAUUCAGGCAAUUCAAAUUAUAAAGGUUGGAACAAUUAUAGAGAAAAUAGUCCUUACCCUGAUAGGUAUAACAAUAAUAAAUACAGAGAUAAUAGUAAAGAUACAUACGAUAAUAAAGGAUACAGAGAGAACAGUAGAGAGAGGGAUAGGUUUUAUUCAAGAGAGAGGAAAAACUCUUACGACAGGUCUAAAAAUAGAAGCAAAGAUCGUGGAAAUAAUUCAAAUACCAAACAAUACAAAAAAAAUGUAGAUAAUUUCUUACACGAAUGUUACGAUCACUUAAAAUUAUCACAACAAAAUCCCAUUACAAAAAACAAUAGUGACAACAAUUUAAAAAACGACACGUCAACUAUAUGGUACUUACAAUUUUGCCAGAACUGCGAAUAUUUGUCCACGUCUCAGGAUAUACGAGAUGACCAUGAUGACAAGGAACAGUUUUGGAGUGAAGGAGGAAACAUUAUGUUUUGUGAAAUAUGCGGAAACUACGUAAGAGAAUAUCGGAACCGGCCUAUACAAGAAGACGAAAAAUCAUAG